CCAGGUGCAUGUUUUUGGAGGUGUGAGGAAGGAACCCACGCAGUCACGGGGAGAACAUGCAAACUUCCGAGCCCGAGAUUGAACUCAGGACUACUCGGGACCUUCGUAUUGUGAGGCACAUGCACUAACCCCAGCCCCACCGUCCUGCCUAGAAAUGCACCCAAUAGCAGGAAAUGUAGUCUUGAUUUUCAACUUUUUUCUACAUGGCAACACUAAAUGGACCCUAGUGUGUGAAUGUGAGUGUGAAUGUUGUCUGUCUAUCUGUGUUGGCCCUGCCAUGAGGGGCCACUUGUCCAGGGUGUACGCCGACUGUAGCUGAGAUAAGCACCAGCACCCCCCGCAACCCUAAAGGAAAUAAGGGGUAGAAAAUGGAUGGAUGGACGGCAAUUAGCUACCUGCUGCCACUUACUGUAAUGAAAGAGUAAUACACGGUUACUCUGCAGAGCCCUAGACAGCACAGACACUCAACAACGGCACCGUUGCGUUUGCAAAAAAUAUUUUUUACGCAAUUACCGUAUUUCCUUGAAUUGCCGCAGUGCAUGUAUGCGCCUGCCUUGAAUUACUGCCGGGUCAAACUCGCUUCCCAAAAUAAUUAGCGCAUGCUUGGUAUUACCGCCUGGUCAAACUCGUGAUGUCACGAGUGACACUUACCCUGUCAUCAUUUUCAAAAUGGAGGAGGCUGAUUUCAAUACCGGUAAUUUGAAAUCGCAUAAAGGGAAGAAGAUUAAGAGCUAUUCAAUAGGAUUUAAGGUUCAAGCUUCCAUCACACUAACAUUUUUACUGCAUACCUUUGGUAAGUGCCAGAGUGAGAAGAGGUGUUAAAAUAAUUAGCGCAUGCUUCCUUUUACCGCAUGCCUUUGGUAAGCGCAGGAGUGAGAAAAGGUUUUAAAUGAAUUAGUGCCCAGGUGGCAAUUCAAGGAAAUACGGAGAUUAUGUAUCCUUUCUCUAAAAUUUUGAGAACCUAAUGUGAACUAUGUCAACCCACUGACAGACAAAGGAGGAACUAAAACACUUCCGGUGAUGUUUUUUUUAAAUUACAAUUAUAAAGUGGAAAUACCGUUACAUGGACAACAAUGUCAUGGACAAUAUACAUGGAAAUACGGAUUUUUUUUAUUUUUUAUUCAUGUGUCUUUUUUCGGCUAUUCACUCUCAAUUGGGAACUUUAACUAUGAAAAAACUCCGUGGUGACCCGGAUGUAAACAUCGCAGCCAUAUUGGACGUCCUUAACGCAGAGAACCAUCCUGAUAGACGGGCUCUUUUUUUUGUAACACGGCGGGCACUUUUGUCGACUUUCCAGUCGCAGUUUUAAAUAUUCCGUAACGUGGCAAUUUCCCCCCGGGGAGCUAUCUUCCAAGACUUACGGCCCACGAUGGCGCGGGUGAACGAUAUGGAAACUUUCCGCUGUCAGACGGCGCUCAUCAUGGAGGUAGCGGUGGAAUCGGCCGUGUGUGUCCUCCAGCAGAACCUCGGAGGGAGACAGCAGGCUGCUGGGGGCAAAGAUCUGAAGCCUCAGCUGACAGCCAUCUUGAACAUGAUGGCGAGGGAAGCUGUGCGUAAAAUCUGCAGCAUCUUCAGCGAGCUGUGCGGGAGCUUGGCGAAGGAGAAUGAGACCUUGAAGGGCAAAGUGGAACAACUGGAGAGGGAGCGCAGCUCAAAGGACAAACUAACAUCUAGAGCUAAGAAAACAAAGAAUGGAGCCGCCGUCUCAGUAGACUUGAAACGACCAGCUGCAGACCCCAUGACGCUCGCCGUGGCCAUCUUCAAAAAAGCCAAAGAAUCCUGCGGCAAAGCGAGCUGCAGUCCUCCAUUGCCUGUGGUCAUCAUCAAGUCGCCCGUUCACGGGGCAUUCAGAGUCCAGCCUGGUCCCGUUUCCUCCAUGCAAACGCCACAUCAGUCCGUAAACAACCCUCAAUCCAACCUGCUUUCAGAAGUCAUCCAGUCCUGCAGUACGACAUCACUUCCUGAUGAUCGGCGGGCGUGUGAGGCAGCCAAAGAAGAAAAAUCCUUUGAAGAGGCAGAGAAGGGAGUAGAACCAGUCCAAGUGAAAAUUGAAGAGCAGACGGUGGCUGACACUUAUCAAGCUGCUGCCGGUGAAGAGGACCAGAAGGAGCAUGAGAGAAAGAGAAGGAGGGAGCUGUAUAAGCAGAAGAGGUUUUUCUGUGAGCGCUGCAACAAAGGCUUCCACCAGAAGCACCAGCUGAGGAAGCACGUGUCUCGUCACGUCAAGCCUUUCCCCUGCACGCUGUGCGACAAAGGCUUCUACGAGGCCAAAACCCUACAGAAGCAUCUGCUGGGCCACCAGCUGAAAGACGCCCAGGAGCGUGACCCCGACAAGAUGAUCGCCUGCGAUCAGUGCAACAGAAAGUUUAGGCUGGCACGGCAGCUGCGAGUCCACCAGGCCACCCACCGGCUGGAGAAGACGCCUUUGCGGUGCGGCACCUGCGAGCGCACCUUCACCUCCUUGGCCGUAUUGCGCUACCACGAGGUGUCUCACACCGAGAUCAAGCCCUACAUUUGCGACGUCUGCGGGAAAGGCUUCCUCAGGAAGAAGAACCUCCGUGAGCACCAGAUCGUCCACACGGGUGCACGGCCCUACCCCUGUCCGACUUGCGGCAAGAGGUUCUCCACCUCCGGCAACCUCCGAGUCCACAAAAGGUCGCACUCAGAGGACCGGCCCUUCAAGUGCACAGAGUGCGACAAGGCCUUCAAGAGUCGCAUGGGCCUGCUGCAGCACCGCGUUGUCCACUCGGGGGAAAAACCCUUUAUGUGUCAGACAUGCGGGAUGAGAUUCGGCCUAAAGUACAACUUCCAGAGGCACUUGCGCCUCCACAACGGAGAAAAACCGUGCAGGUGCGAGAAAUGUGGUGAAGGCUUCUCGGGGACGUGGGCCUUGAAGACCCACAUGCUGGUGCACGGCAUGGAGAAGCCCUUCAUGUGUGACUUCUGCGGGAAGACCUUCUUCUACAACUGUCAGCUGCAGAAGCACCAGCUGCUGGUCCACAAGGACAAAGACGGCGUGAAGGCAGGGGGUGUGUCCCAGCGGCAGCGGCCGCCGGGCAUGAAAGCGUUCAGUUGCAAGACGUGCAUGAAGAGCUUCAGCAGCAGCAGCACCCUGCGCACGCACGAGAAGAUCCACGCUGACAACAAGGAGUUUGUGUGCGAGACGUGCGGCAAGUCCUUCCACUUGCGCCACCUCUACGUCUACCACAUGAGGAGGCACAGUGGCGACCGGCCGCACAAAUGCGACGUCUGCCAGAAAGGCUUCAUGCUGGUGUCGCAGCUGAGGCAGCACGAGCGCCUGCACACGGGUGCCAAGCCGCACAAGUGCCAGGAGUGCGGCAAGGCCUUCAGGACGUCGCAGAACUACCACCGCCACCUGCUGGUGCACACAGGGGAAAAGCCCUACGAGUGCGUCAUGUGCAGCAGGAAGUUCAGACAGUCCAACCAGCUCAAGUCACACAUGCAGAUCCACACCGGCAUCAAGCUCUACUCCUGCCAGAGCUGUGGGCGGGGCUUCUCGGACUCCAGGCAGCUCAAAAAGCACAACUGUGGCGACUCGCAGCCAAACUCGCUCGAGUCCGGAAGCAAGCGUAAGAAACAGAGGAAUGUUUUUCCGUGGAGCGAGGGCUUUGUGAACGAGUGAUCUGUCAUCCUAAAACUUCUGUGGGGGAUGACGUCACAGCUCCCUUCAGCCAGUCACGGUCUUGUACGAGAAGAUGAUCAUGUGGCAAGAAAUUAACCACACAAUCUAUAAGGCAGGGGUCUCAAACUCAAUUUACCGGGGGGCCACUGGAUGCAGAAACUGGGUGAGGCUGGGCCGCAAGAAAAGAUUUCUUAAAAAAAUCUAACAUGCAUUUUUUAAUUAAUUCACCUUCUUUGAAUGGCUUUCCCGCCCUAGCAACAUACUUGUUCUUUCCGGGAAACACCCGAAUAUCAGUGCCCCUCACGAAAAUCUCCCAGGGCAAUCAUUCUCCCGGUUUCCACCCGAACAACAAUAUAUUGUAAAAUAUACACCCCAGCUGCCCCAACCCUGCCCCCUAUUGUAGCCCGGAAGAGUUAGGGCUGCAUUGGAUUCUGGGUAUUUGUUCUGUUGUGUUACGGUGCAGAUGUUCUCCCAAAAUGUGUUUGUCAUUCUUGUUUGGUGUGGGUUCAUGAAGACCCCAGCCACCCCAACCCUGCCCCCUAAUGUAGCCCGGAAGAGUUAGGGCUGCAUUGGAUUCUGGGCAUUUGUUCUGUUGUGUUUAUGUUGUGUUACGGUGCAGAUGUUUUCCCAAAAUGUGUUUGUCAUUCUUGUUUGGUAUGGGUUCACAGUGUGGCAAAUAUUUGUAACAGUGAUAAAGUUGUUGAUAUGCCCACCCUCAGUGUGACCUGUAUGGUUGUUGAUCAACUAUGUCUUGCAGUCACAUACUGUGUCUUCAGAAGCCAAAUACAACAUGUGGCUGGGCUGGCACGCUGUUUGUACAUAUUGUAGAGGAUGUUAAAGGCAGUGCCUCCACGGUGCCCCCUUAUUAUCGUUGUUAGGGGGGAAUUCGGGAGAAUGAUUACCCCUGGAAGGGCACUGACAACUGGGAGUCCCCCGGAAAAAGCGAGAGUAUACAAGUAUGACGCUGUAAAGCGUUAUUCAUAUAAAACUCGCGGGUCGCACCAACAUUCAAUUUUCAUAUUAAGGUGCGGGCCGCAAAAUAACAUCUCGCGGGCCGCAAUUGGCCCGCGGGCCGUGUGUUUGAGACCCCUGCAAUAAGGGAUAAUCAAAGCUGUGGUUUCAGUCAAAUAGAAACAAAUACAACGGCACAAAGAACAAUAAAGAUAUUUUGCUAUAUGUAUAGAAAUUGUUAUAUUUACUGAGCUGAGUCAUUUAAAUACUAUUUUGCUGAUAAUAUAAUUUAAUGUGAUAAUUUUCCUUAUAAAACUUGUCUGAAAUCAAAGAUGAACUGUAACGACAGUGAUGUACACAUGUUUCACAUGCAUACACGUUAAAACCCAUAUUCAAUUGCAAUGUUUUUAUGUUGAAAGAGUAAAAUUGUGUAUUGUAA